AUGUCAGUCGCAGGUGGUGUCUGUCAGCUGGAGGCGAUAAAGGCGGCCAAGUAAUUCAUCCUUUUUUGUUUAACGCCUUUAGGGAGAAAUCGCAGCAACUCCAGGAAGUAUCGGAUAAAUUAUCCGAUACAGUGGCAUUUUUCUCAAAAGAGACACUUCAUAUUAAAGAAUACGAAGCCGAGCUGGAGACACUUAUUCAGGAGCGUGCCUUUUACCAGGAACAACUGAGGCUGAUUGAGAAGGAUGCUGUUUACGUUAGUUUGCUUUCUUGGAUUUUUUAUUCCGUAAUCUAAAUGCUAGCAAAAAACUAGACUAGGCGAUCAGUAGCAUUGACGAUGUAAUCAUGUACGCGAGUCAAACUUUCCUUUCUCGUUUUCCUAAGUCCUACCGGUACUUGGUGCUAUCUCGAUUAUGCCUUAGCCGACCGACCUCGUUGUUGUUGUUGUUGUUGUCGACUGUACCUUUCCACGGGUGAAGAUCUGCGGCAAAGGACCUGGGGAGAUCAGUCCGCUCUUUUCUCCACUGCAGAGACCAAACACUGAAGGUCCGCGAAACACGUCCUGAUGAACUGCGUUGAGAUAGGUUUUGGACCGAUUUCUGCGACGCCUUCAGGUGUAUUAGAGACUUCAGAUCAAGGGUAACAGUAGUAAACUCGUGGUUUGAUGGUCCGAGAUAUCCCUGCGAUGUCGCAACGAGAGCCGGACUCUUUCACUCGAGACGAAGUCUGCAUGCUUUACUCGAAGGACGGUUCAUUCGCCACGAUGAUGAAUCAUCACCAGUUUGCUCAUUUUGCACAGCCCAGCUCUCACAGUCGUUUCGAACUGACCGCAUCAGGGUCCGGUACAUGCGGAUCUUUUUGACGAUUGAGCUAUCCUGACGCAUCCAGACGCUUCUUAGACUUUCAAAGACCCUGCGCGCAACGUCGAUUCGGGCGACAAUGUCGUCAUUAUUUUGUCUGUUUGGCGACGAUUUUGACCCGAAAUAUUAAAGACUACGGGGUGUCUUAAUAAUAGUAAUUGUAUUCUGGUCAGAAGUGCCGACCGAGCAUGACGAUGGCAGCAUUGUCAAUAAGGCCUAUACCGCAAUACUUCUCAUACUUUGUGUCGUAUUUCGGUUAUCAGGCAUUACUGCGUCUCCCACGCUCGCCUCACCAUCAUGUGAAGCCAAGCUGUCAAUACCAAUGCAAGACUUUUAGGCGUCAGCGGGAUACCGUUAUUUACAGACCCGUUGUCGGGUAGCCUCAGUAUUGCACCAACUGUUUUUUCCUGGGAAGUGGUCACUCGACACUGUACAGGCUGGAUAGAAUAAGACUCCGCUGCAGAGGGGGCAACGGUCUGGCUGUCGAAGAUGGGGUGCCUGCAGUGCUUGCGCUAGCGCUCAACCUUGGUCUAGUUGUCACCAUUCACAAUACUAAGAUUCACUAGAUGCGCUGAGCCUACCACUAACUUAGUAAAUAAGUUAGUGCAGUUCUCGAGUAUUGCCGGCAUUAGAAACCUGCUCCAGGAAGGUCGUCGAUCCAACUUCCUAGUUUUGUGGAUUAUCCCUACUUCAUCUGACCUCGUUUCCCGGAUUUGGCGAGAUGUAUAAUUGUUGCACAGCCUAGAUCAACCUGUCCAAACAGAUAAAUAUAGGGCCCUUGAGCUGAUCCAAUCAUUGCGGUGUUGCUUGGUUGAUUAGAUAAUUUUUAUAAACUGUCUAGCAGACUGAGGACUUACGUGAUGAUCAUUUGUUACUGCUUUAUUCGCCCCUGGUCGCAAAGCGAGACCGGAUUUCUGUGUUUAGCGGCUCGACCGUGUUGGUCUAUCGCAAGUUUUUUUUACAUCAAGGCGUUUUGUGCAUGACAAUUUGGGCGUGGAUAACAGGUGGAUUCUCAGGCAUUUGCGAACGAGAGCGUGGUCUGUCCCGUAGACGUUGCCAGUUUCGGUACCACACAUCUAUCUGUCAUUAUAACUCCAGCUGCAGAAUUUUGGAUUGUCAAGGGUGCAGUUAGCAUAUCUGGCUGUACGACCACCGCUUGUGAACUAGUUUAAAAGGCGUUUAUGGCGACGUGUUAGUACAUGUUGAUGAAAAGCAGCCGGUUUUAGUCGACGAAAUUCGACAUCCCCUCACUAUUUCAUAUAGGGGGGAGCCCAAAACGGCCAAUAGGAUGGUUUGGAAAGUUGCAUGGCCUUCCCGGCCAAUUGUAGUCCUCGACGACUAUCGGUAGAUCCUAGAAAGGCGUACAUUUAACCGUUCUGUGGAGUUUUAGAGGCCUACCAUGUGGUCAGUUUUCUUCGUUUCGUUUCCCAACUCCCGUGUACUCCCGAAAGAUGUUUAAAAGCUGCCUUAAACUACUGUGUUUUUGUUAACUACCUGGGAGUCUUGACCCAUCUCUCUACCUCGGUGUUUUGAAUCUGUGCAAUUUGCUCAGUUUUAUUCACUUGUUCGUUGUUUUAAAGGUGUAACAGCUUUACAUGCGACCCGUCCUCAGUGAUUUUACUGGGCGCCGCUUUGUUAUUUCCCGAAAGCCGAGGGCGUCGAAGUUAAACAUGUGUUCAUGAAGAGCGUCACUCCGAAGGUCUGAAGAUAUUAACUUCUCGCGGAGCCCUGUAUUUUCUGUUUCUGUUGUUACAAAUUUGCAGGUCGAGCGUGCUAUCCUUGAAGCCAACAUCGACAAAUUGAAGGCUCUUAGACUCGCAAACUCCCUUUUCAACGAGUACAGCUGCCUUCUAUCCGAAGUCAAUAGCCUGCGUUCGAAUCUCGGAUUGAACAGUCUAGAGGACAAACGUACUCCUGAUACUAUGGCUCUGAUCUCACCGGACCUGCCUUCAAACGCCUCCAGCACAGUUGAGGUGACGCCGAAUGCCCCCGAUCUCUCUUCUGACGGUCCGCCUCUACUCGAUUGCGGGUCUCGUGGCCUUUCAAAUCCCUCCGAUUCACAGGACCAUAGAAGUCACCCCUUAGACUCUUCACUGCGUUUGGGAACUUCUCAACUACCGCGAAAUGACUUAGAUUCUGCCAGUGCCUUAUCAACGUGGCUGUCGAACUUCCAAGCAAAUCCUGGCUCUGAAGCGACAGCGGAGCUGGGGCCGAAUUUCUGGUCCGAGGGACACUUAAAGAUGGCGACAGCUCCGGGUGAGGGAGGAAACUGUGCAACCAACCGAAGCCCAGCCUUUUCUCAUGAAUUGCCACAAAGUGAAUCUCUAUCCUUUUGCUGUUAUUUGUCUCAAACGUCUUCCAAUGCCUAGCAGUCUCACCCGCGUGCUGAUUUACCAUUUAGUGUAACGAACAGGGAGUGAGCCUGGUACGUGAGAAUUGAGAUUUGGUACGUAUUUCAUGCCAUGGACGCGGAGGCUGACGCAAGUUGGAACUAGGCAACAUGGCGGAUGAUAAAAAGGUCCUCAGCGAAAAGUACCAGCCACUUAAACAGUCUCAAGACUGGCGCACAAGCGGUUGCCGACCAACGCCAGCAGUGCUGUCAGUCGACCGAAUGUUGAGAUCUGGCGCUGUGACGACCCGUCAUAAAGCUCCGCAAAGUCCAACUAAGACACUAUAGCGUACCAAUCGUAAACCCCCCCCUCCGCCUUGCAUGGGUUUCUUGCCACCACUGCUGACUGGUUAGUUUUCAAGCAAUCAAAGUCCUAAGAAAGACGCACGAAAAGAGCACUCGACGGCCAUUGGGGACCCAUCUGUACAGCAAACUUCAUGGUGGCUUCACGGCCAACGGUUUAACACGCUUUUGUGCUCCAUUGUUAACUGUCACUGGACAAAAGCCAUUUGUUAUUCUUCCAAUCUGAAGGAGUUAUACGGAUUACUUUCAAUGGGAGAAUAGCUAACAGAACAUAAUCUAGUCAAAUGCAGCGAGGAUGCAAAGCCAUAAUCUCAGUCAGAGCGGUUUACCCCCAGUAGUACACAUCCAUCCUUAUAAUGCUAUACAGGGCUUAGAAGAAUUAUAUUAAGUGCCCUACCAGACGUGAUCUUUCAUACCGAGUAUUUCUUGAAUAUGUAAACAUGCUGAAUUCUGAACAAGCUACUGCCUCGAAACCUUCAAAAGCAACAUGUUUUUCAUGGCUACAGGCCUCCCGAGAUCUGAAAGUAUGUGCGCAAUACGACAUCCUAUGUGAGCACAUCAAGAACAUGCCGAGCUGCUGAUAGUUUUUGUUUAAGAGCGAACAAUAAUUGAAAUAGAUGACUUACCAUACGAGUGGCUUUGAAGUUCUUGAUGCUCCUCAUACGUCAGCUUGCAUUAAAGAUUUUCAACAUCAAGCAACUUGUGGGAGGACAAGAAAAAUCAGGAUCUUCAAAUUAAAGUGCACCUUCGCUGGUCAAACUGUCCGGUAAGUUCUGAUUGCUCACACAGGACGGUUAAAUGGCUACCCAACAUAGGCAGCUCCAAGUCUCAGCCAGAGGACUUGGCCAUAACCACCAUCAGUCAGUCUCCCGCGCAUUAAGCAUAGAGGGAGAGAACGAGGGAAAUUACUUUAAAUUCCUUACGCAGAGCAAAGAUUACUCGGACAACUUUCCGAACGUGAGCAUACGAUGACUAAUUGCAGUGCAAUAAAAAUAACGAUUAUCGCAUCUUCUCAAAUUUCCUGACGUGCUUCCCGCUUCACCCUCACCUUGUGCUUUCUCACUAUUUGUAGUGACAUGGACCGCUGCUGAGAGACAUUAUGAACGACUUAUUGCGGUUCAGGCUAGAUUUUGAAUGUACAGAUAUGACUCGAAAAAUCGAGGUUACUAUCACAGAAGAAAGAUUAUCGCAGCAGUUCGGAGCCUCUACACCGAGUGUUUUGUCCUCAUAAGGUCUUUCAUCGGCCAAGUGUUGAGCAUUAACUGGUUACUUCGUGAGCCGGAAUUGCGUCAGUGCUUUUCAGUCGUACGGUCUCAUAGCGACAGCAGUAUUUCCUGUUUUGGAGUCCGCGAUGGCGGUUUGUUGUUUUGCUCUAACUUACUUUCGCGUAUGUGUUUUAGUCAGUGAUGAACUGAACCAUAGGGACUUCGGAACUGCUGAGUGUUGUUUGUGUUUUCGUGUUUUCAAGUGUGGGACUCUUAGCUGGCGAUACUUUUAUACACCAGCCUCUUUGCUCGGUAAUUGAUGAAGGUGGUCAAACUUUAUCCAUUGUCAGGUUGUAAUUCUCGUCUCGCCUCCAACGCCUUCCCAGGAUUUCUCGGCCUCACGGACAGCGCCCUGCGUGACCGCGAGACAACUCUUGGUCUCCUUCAGUCAGCUGCCACCACCGGCGCCUCCAUGCACCACCACCAUCAACAACAGCAACAGCAGCAGCAACAACCGCCGAUGAAAACGUGUCAAGCCUGCCAACAACUCAUCCAUCGAAAUGCACCCAUCUGCCCGUUGUGCAAAACAAAGAGCCGCUCACGACACCCGAAACGCUCGACCAAACCGGGCCGUUCCAAUCCUCAGCCGGCGCCGCCUCCCCUGCCAUCGACGACAAGCGCCGCAGAAGUUGCCUCGCUGACCAAUGGUGUCAAUACAAUUGGUGCGAAUGCGCCUUCCUCCACCUCCUGCUCAAGCGUGGCUGCCGCUGCUGCCGCAGUAAUGACUGCUGCCACCAUUACCCCCACCGAAAAGGGUAACCAAAGCGAAAGGGCCUCGGUGUGA